UGUCAAUACCAUUAUUAUUAAUAACAACUCCCACCUUCCUCUUUAUAUAUCGUCCUCCACCAAUCUUCCCAUAACCAUUCAUAUUCGCAACACCAUGCUCGAAAAGGUUGUUGCGACCGAUGGCUCUGAUAUCAUGUUAAAUGCCCGGAAACCAAGGAUCAUGUGUCUGCAUGGUUUCCGGACAAGUGGUGAAAUAUUUAAAACACAACUAAAAAAAUGGCCCGAAUCGGUUCUUGAUAAAAUUGAUUUCGUUUUUCCCGAUGGCCCGUUUCCUUGUAAUGGCAAAUCUGACGUUGAAGGCAUCUUUGACCCGCCUUAUUAUGAAUGGUUUCAAUUUAACAAGGAUUUUACGGAUUAUGAGAAUUUGGAUAAAUGUCUUGAAUAUAUUGAAGAAUGUAUGAUCAAACAUGCACCAAUUGAUGGUUUGGCUGGCUUCUCACAGGGUGCAGUAUUGGCAGCUGCUUUGCCAGGGCUGCAAGCUAAGGGAAUAGCACUGACGAGGGUACCAAAGAUUGAAUUUUUAAUGAUAAUAUCAGGGGCAAAGUUUAAAAAUGAAUCGUGGGCUGAGAAAGCAUAUUCUCUUCCAAUACAAUGUCCAUCUCUUCAUUUUUUAGGGGACGCCGAUUUCUUGAAACCACAUGGGACCGAACUCUUGAAAUCCGUUGAAGAUUAUGCAGUAAUUCGUCAUCCUAAAGGCCACACGAUUCCAAGAUUAGAUGAAGAAGGCUUGGAAACAAUGUUGAAGUUCAUUGAUAGGAUUCAAAAGAUUGUUUCCAACAAAGAAGAUGUGAUCACAGUUUAAGUUUAUUGGAUUACAAAAAACACUUUUUCUGUAAUGGUUGUGAUUAGAAGGCUAAAUUGGUAUCAAUAAUUACUAAAAAAAUAUAUAUAUUUUAGAAUAUGAAUUCAGUAAUUUUUAUAGAAAUUAUGUAGUGGUCUUAGAAUUACAAGAGUUUAAAAAUAGCCUAGUGGACUAGUAGCGAUCCAACAGAAAGGUACAAAAUUGUCAUAUGGCUUCUUCAUGAAAUGAGAGAUUCCUGAGAAAUGUUAAUGUC